AGUGUGGGAUACUGACACAAAAGUUCUUCACAUUUUCAAAAACCAAAUCUCCACUCCCUUUGGUUUCUUGGGAUAGGCCCCUGAUGAUAGGGUUCCUUUCUCUUCACUCUGAUCCCAUUUAAUGUCCAGUCGGAAUCAAAAGCCGGUUGCUUUGUACACCUCCUUGAAAAGGUUUGAAAAAGGAUGUUUAAACCCUAUCUUUGCAAUCAGCCAUGCAUGCAGGAAUUUGUCCUCCCCACAACGAAAAUCUUAACCCUAGUCCUUGCUCCUUGUUCAUCUCCUUUCACAGAUAUAUACGUCAAACUAUAAUAGAGAUAACUAUAGGGUCGGGUAAACAGAACACCUUACUUUCACCACACCAGAAACGGGAGGACAUUUUUUCGUCUUCGGAUUUUUAGGCAAAGAUGAUUUGGAUUGACGUGAUUCGCAUGAAAUGGCGAGAGUCGAUACACGGGUUGUUACAGGCCAGGGAUGGAACACAGCGAGUCUCUUUAACUGGAUACCCAAACGAACUCUUCGAUGGAAACCCCAAAAAUUCGCCCCGUAGUGAGCAGCAAGAACAAGAACUGGUGUGGAACCUGCACCCGUCCACCAGAAAGCUACACAUCGCCUUCCACUCGUUGCUGUACAACUUCUACAACCAUAAGGACCUGGCCUUACCUUUAGAUCUACAGGAGCGCAUUGCUGCAACGGAAGAAUCCCAGCAGCACGGGGCAUCAACGUCCCGGGCAACAACGCCGCAGACCUACAGUAGUCUUAGACCGAAGCCAACCCUAGCUGCACAGGCACGCCAUCUCAAGCUCAGCCAGCUACUCCAUGUGUUGGAUAAGCUAAUCGUCGUGCAAGAGAAGAUGUUCAAACGGCUGGAGAAGCAGACUAACUUGUCAGAAUGGGUCCAAGAUAGCCUCAAACGACUGUUUGAAGUCCUGGAAAAUGAAUGUGACAACAUCGUCGGCAUCUCAGUAAAAUUCUCCACGGCGAAGGAAGACCGCUUCCAGAUGGAACAAGACAUCAACCAGAUCACGGAUGCCUUCCAGCGAAUCCUAUCAGGCUUCCUGGACGUCAUCCAAUCUUGGACGGACGUGGUCGGCAACGUACGCGGUGCCGAGGUAGCCCCUUCGGACGGGGAAGACCCCUGGCCGGACCAGACUACCAUUGAGGAACUCCGGGAGGGUCUUCCGGAUGGGUACGAGGUGGAUUAUGACUUCAUGGAGGCCGUUCUGAAGGAGGCUGAAGAUGAGGAGAAGUGGUUGGAGAAUGGAUAUUCCGAUGGUGAUGAUACGAGCUCCGGUUGUUCCGACCAGGAGGAGGAGGAGGAGGAGGAGGAGCGAGCAUCCUCCUCGAGACCAACCGUUGAUGCGGAGGUCCACCUUGAGGAGGAUGGUAUCAUGCAAACCGAACGGGAUGACCAGCCCAUGUUGGAGAAGAAAAAAACAGAGGAAAUCAAGUCGAUGAAUAAUAAUGUAUCUUUCAAGAAGUCUGCCCGUAAUGAUGGGUACCAAGUAUUGGCAUAGUGUGCGAUGGUCGACUGUCCCAUGGGCUAUCCCAUGCCCACUUACAAAAUUUCAAAUUUUGUAAUAAAAAGAAGGCAUAUUUUUGUACAGACAUUCUUGGUUUCUGGAGGCAAAGCAUAAUUAUUAUAACAUUAGUUUUGGGAACUGCAAGCUGAAUAUUGUGUUUUUCCUAUUAAGGCAUGAAAGACUAUGGAUCGAUAAUACCUAAAUUAUAGAUAGUGGACACUAUUGGUAAUAAU